AUGCAAGUUGUCAAGGAAACAUUGUAUUCGUCUAACCAUUCGCCCAAUAAUAUCCUGGCCAUCCAGGCCAUUUGCCUCGUCUGCUCCGUGAUCCUGCUGGGAUCCGUUACUAAAACCGUGUCUGCUGAAGGACUGGAUAUCGAUAAGAUGGCCAAGUGCUUUGACUUGUGUGUCGAGGUAGCCUCAGUCGUGGGCCAGAAGAUUGUGCCCACCAUCAAAUCCCUGGCGAAAUGCGCAAAAUUUAAGCCCAUGAAGACAAAGGAUCUGGAUCCUACGGCGGUGCUGAUGCUGGCCUAUCAGUUCAUUCAGAAGAUCGUCGGCAACCAGAUUUGCCUGUUGAACACCAUCCAGGAAACAAGAGAUCUGCUCGCUCCGUUUGCACAACGUUCUUUACAUUAAAGUGCCUCACUGGCUAGGAUUGUUUUUUGGGUU